GCAAGUUGUAGAACUACGGGGCCGUUAAACCAAAGCCAAGCCUCCCGUUGGAACAAGGACUCUUCCCAGAAGCCCGACAUGGAGCAGAGGUUGCGGUCAGCCUCCAGUGUGGAUGAGGUGAUGAGUCUUGUUUAUCCGUCCUACUGGACCGCUCUCAAGUGUCACUCUAAACUCGCCGCUGCCACCACCAAGGGAGCAUUCGAUGCGUCCGCCACCGCUAGAUCUGCCUUCCGGCCACCAGCGCAGGGCCACAGGCUGCACACGUCCACGUCUAAUUCUGAGAGGCCCAUGUUUGCGGCCGCCCACUUCUCCUUGGACAUCCUUAAAAGUGUAGAGCUGGAGUGGAGGAAGACCCAGUGUACACCGCGGGAAGUGUGUGUGGACGUGGUCCAAGAGUUCGGAGUUCCGACCAACGUGUUCUACAAACCGCCCUGUGUGCUAGUGCACAGAUGUGGAGGAUGCUGCCACUCUGAGGACAAGCAAUGCAGGAAUAUCUCCACCGGUUACCUCAGCAAAACACUGUUAGAGAUCACAGUGUCCCUCACCCACGGUACCAAGCCAGUGACCAUCAGCGUCGCCAACCACACCCAGUGCAGCUGUCUGUCCAAACUGGACGCCUACAAACAAGUCCACAGUAUCAUCAGGAGGUCCCUGCCCGAGUGUCCGUCAGCCAACAGGACGUGUCCUCAUGGCCAGGCUUGGAGCAGCAGGCUGUGUCAGUGUGUUCACGGGACGACCACCGUGCAGCACAGCCACCCUCCACCACCACCUCCCAGGGCUUCACCACACCACAUGGCAGACUUAUUUCCGGCAGAUAUGUGUGGCCCAGACAAGGAGCUGGACAUUGAGAGUUGUCAGUGCGUCUGCCGGCGUCGGGGUCCAGCUCACGGCGACUGCGGCCCCAACAGACACAUGGACCGCAACAGCUGCCAGUGCGUCUGCAACGUACCCGCCCCCACCGUCUGCCCAAUCAGUCACGUCUUCAACAAGGAGACGUGCCAGUGCACCUGCAACAAGACGUGUCCGAGACACCAACCACUCAACAAAACCAAAUGUUCCUGCGAAUGCAACGAGUCGCCCAACAGGUGUUUCCUCAGAGGACGGAGGUUCCACCAAGCUACCUGCAGUUGUCACAGGCCCCCCUGCGAGGUGAGGAAACGGAGGUGUGAUCCGGGUUUCUCCUUCAGCGAGGAGGUGUGCCGCUGCAUCCCGUCCCACUGGAGACGGCUGGACUAGCAUCCGCCCAACACGAGACGCUUCGUGACGCACUAGCCGGCGACCAGAGAGAGCUGCCGGUCUGCCCCAUCAGCAGUGACCGCUGCUGAAACAAAACCAAAACAACAACACCAAGUAAUUAGACGGAGGUUGGAGCUGGACUGGGAACGAAAGCCAGUGGAUUAAAAUGGACCCUUACAGACAUGGGAGACAGUUGGCACGUGGAGGAUGCAGAGCCAAUGGGAAAUUUAAAGUGUAAUUUGUUGGUUUUCAUGGACAUUUUUUUUUUUAAGGAGACAAACUGCCCUGAAAACACACCAGAAUGAACUAAAAAGAAUGACUCUAAACUCAUGAAUUGUUUUUAAAAUAUUGUCAAAAUGAUUUUUAAACUAUUCUUUGUAUUAAUUAUGUCUUAUUAUUCAGAUAUUGAUUAUAUAAUUUAUUAAAUGUUUUUUUCAUCCUCUGUAAUUCAAUCUUUUCCAUGAAAAUACACUGUGAUCAAUAUUUUUGUAUCCUGUAAAGUAUAAGU